CCUCGUCCUCCACUCGCUCUCAAGUCGACGCGAAGUCCCCAGAGAUCUCCCUCCUCCGCUCGGGGGAGUAGAAAGAAAGCUCGCUUUCUCCCCUUCUCUCCUCCCCCGUCUCCCUUCGCCGCCAUGAUCGGAAUCGAGGAAUCCCAGAACCUCUUCGCGCUCCUCAACGCCGAAUCCCGCCCCUUCGAUGAGAUCUUCGCGGAUUUCCUCUCCCGGUUCCCCCGCGAAGCCCACUUCCGAGUCUGCUCCUCGCUCGCCAUGCUCUUGGAGGACAAGGGCAUGCUUAAACCCAGCCAGCGUUUGGUUGCGUUUGCUAUCCUGCAUCAAACCUAUUCUUCUCAACCACCCUCCUUGAACCCAUUUAUUUCCUUUCUUAUAAAUUCAGCUUGUGAUGAUGCAGCAGAGAAAAUGGAAAUGACAUUUAUUCAACUGUUAUUAGGAUCUGCUGGCACAAACAAUAACAAAGAGGUUCUGAAGCAAUCAGCUGUGGAUUACAUCAAAGGAUUUGAUCCAUCAUCACAUGUUUUACUGCAACUUGAACAACUCCAGAAGCAACAUUGUGAUGGAACAGAAGCCGAGCCAUACAAAAGCAUUUUCAGGGCUGCAGCUGUCAAAAAUGUUAUACCAGAUCCAGAUGUCCCUCAUGGUUGUGAUGCAAAUUCAUCAGAUCUAAAGCUUUCCCCACCAGGAGCUAAACCAAGAAUUGGGUCCGAAGAUAGAGACACUGCUGUAACUGAUUUGCUUCAGAACCUGUCAUUGGAAGGACUAAGUCCUCAGUGGAUUAGACCUGCACCACCAAGGCUUCCAAUACUAGAUGGAGAGCUUAUGUGGCUCAACCCUGACAAUAACCAUGAGCUGCUGUGGGACUAUGGAAUGUGUGCUGACACCAGUCGCGGAGCUGCAGUCAGGGAUUUGAUUGCAAAAGCCUUGAAAGGUCCACUUGCACCUGCUCAACAGGAGCAAGUCGUGGUAGAACUUGCAAAGGAUCCAAAACUAGUUUAUCACUGUGGACUAACUCCAAGAAAGCUACCAGAUCUUGUUGAACACAACCCACUAAUUGCGGUUGAAGUUCUGUCCAAAUUAAUGAACUCUCCCGAAAUUUCAGAGUAUUUCACAGUUCUUGUCAAUAUGGAAAUGAGUCUCCAUUCUAUGGAAGUUGUAAACAGGCUUACAACUGCAGUUGAUCUCCCAACAGAGUUUGUGCACAUGUACAUCACGAACUGUAUAUCAUCAUGCGAAAAUAUUAAGGACAAGUACAUGCAAAACAGGCUUGUGAGAUUGGUCUGCGUCUUUCUACAGAGCCUUAUUCGGAACAAAAUCAUCAAUGUUCAAGAUCUCUUCAUUGAAGUCCAGGCUUUCUGCAUUGAGUUUUCCCGGAUAAGGGAAGCUGCUGGCUUGUUCAGGCUUCUCAAAACUUUGGAAUGAGUUGCCAUUUCUUCUCUAUCUAUUCUGUACAUUCUGCUCAAACUGUUGCCGUUGUUUUGUGACGCGAGAUGAAGAACUAUAAAGGGAGUAACUCUCUUUCAUAAAUUUUCCAUUUGAAUCUCAUCAGAGAGACUGUAACGACAUCAUCUAUGCAUAUCUGAGAAUAUAUAAGCUUCCACUGGUUUACAGAUUUAUUCUGUAUGCUUGUUUCUUUUU